UCGUUGCCUCAUUUAAUUCUCAGACGUGAAUGUUGGGAUCGAGGAACACUCUUGGUUUGAAUGCGCUCCGAUCAUGACUUGAAACGAGUUGUGGACUCUGACCUGGAGAAUGACAAUAAUCGACUCGAUCAAUAUGUUUAUCCGAGCUUCCAACUUUAUGGUGUAAAAAUGUGAAAUGAAGGAUGACGACAAUCUUCUGUUCAGUGUGUUAAACGUUAAAAGCGAGUAGAGGCCACGUGAUCGAUAUGACUCGAGAUUUUGUCGCGUUCGUAUCUUCACACCUAUCAACCAUGUCCACCAAGACCUCACUCUGGCUACGCUGUGAAACGAAGGAGUUUGAACGGCGUGCGGCACUGACGCCUAACACUGCCAAAGCUCUCAUCGAUGCGGGAUUCGACAUCUCCGUAGAACGUGACGAACAGAGGAUUUUUGACGAUUCUGAAUACGAAGCUGUUGGCUGUACCAUGGUUGCAAACAACUCGUGGCCUUCGGCUCCAGCGACCACGACCAUCAUCGGAUUGAAGGAGCUCGAGGAAUCGACUGACCCUCUUCCCCACACUCACAUCCAAUUCGCACACUGCUAUAAGAACCAAGCUGGCUGGUCUGCCGUCUUGUCCCGAUUCCAUCGCGGCGGGGGCACGCUCUAUGACCUCGAAUUCCUGAAUGACGCGAGCGGCCGCCGUGUCGCUGCGUUUGGCUUCCACGCAGGUUUCGCAGGCGCCGCUGCUGGUGCGCUCGCACUUGCUGCUCAGAAGAAGGGCGAAAUCUUGGGCCAGCUCGAGCCGUUCGUGGAUGAACACGCGAUGAUAUCUCAUGUGAAGAGUGUUUUGGGAGGUAGUGGUAAGGGAACCAAAGCAUUGGUCAUUGGUGCGUUAGGCCGAUGCGGACGGGGUGCGGUUGAUCUUCUCAGGAAGAUUGGUCUAGACGAGGAUGAUAUCCUCAAGUGGGACAUGGCAGAGACGGCCAAAGGGGGACCGUUCGAUGAGCUCAUGGACGUGGAUAUCUUUGUCAACUGCAUCUACCUCAGCAGCAAGAUCGCGCCCUUCAUGACUCGUGAGCAGGCUAUGGCUGCAGGGGCUGGCCGAAGAUUGUCGGUCGUGGUCGAUGUCAGCUGUGACACGACCAACCCGUUCAACCCGAUUCCGAUCUACAGCAUCAACACCACCUUCUCCAAGCCCACCGUUCCAGUUGAUGUAGAACCGAAUCCUCCACUAUCUGUGAUUUCUAUUGAUCAUCUCCCCACCCUUCUUCCGAGGGAAGCGUCGGAGCAGUUCAGUCAAGAUCUUUUGCCCUCGUUACUCGAAUUCCCCGAAAGACACACCGCCCGUGUCUGGACGGACGCGGAGAGGCUGUUCCGAGAAAAGCUUGCUGCCGCAGCAUCAGUCGAGGGCCUCUAGUUCCAAGCCGCUCGCGCACUAGACAAAAAUGUUAAUAGAAUGAGGGGCCAGGCAGGGGGUGGGCCCGCUGUAGUACCAAAACAAUCUCUUGACCGUCGCGAAGAGAUCUACAUACUGGAGACAAGAUGUUGAUCAGUCGGGAUUUUCUGAUCUUGUCGUGUGCAGACUGCGGUCGGAAACGCAUGACCAGGCUGUGGAAGAAUGACCAUGUCGAAUUGAUCUGAAGCCCGUGUCGGCCCGGGCGCAUCCACAGUACGGAAUAUCCUCCUGUCUCGGUCUGCUAAACCGAUAAUUCGCGGCCGACUCGAUCGAUGAUAUGAGUAGAGAUGCGAGUGAUUGCUAUGGCCAAGAAUUCUCCAGGUUCAAGGGCUCUGCCACGACUGACAGUAGACUACGUAGAUCAUCUAGGUUGUCAAGAGACAGGCGUGCCAACCGAGUCAGUGAUCCGUGAACACGGUCAUAACAGGCGGUCGCCCUGGGGCCAGCCUUCAGGCUUUCUUUCUUUCCAGCUAGUCUGCCGUGGGUUUUCUCGUUCUCCUUUAACUGGUCUCUCCUCUCUGCUUUCCUCUUCUCCUUCGCCAGUGCAGCUCACUCAAGAAUUACAUUGGUGCCGGACGCCGCCUGCUCGUUUUUAUGCAUAUCAUCACAUCCCCCGUUCCCGCCAUCUCCAUUUCUUUUGUCACUGAAGACGUUUCUCCGGAGGAGCCGAAAUCUCCCUUCUCUUGGACCUCUUCACCCAUCGACGAAGACGAUGAUGGCUUCCGUCCUCGUCUCCUCACCCCACCGCCGACCAGCAGUCCACGAUCUGUGAAGCCACUCUCACCACUCCGGCCUGUCAAUGCCGAAGCUCCCGCAGGCAAAGGCUUGGAACGCGAGCGGUUCCAAGCCCUGCUCCAAGCAUCCAAGGAGAGGAACUCUGUAGUGGGAGGCACUCGGAAAAUCAACGAUCUCCGCAAAGAGAUCGCUCUGAAGGUCCACAACAAGAAGCAGGUGGAACGUCGCGCGUUGUUCCUCUCAAAGGUCCUCGCGCCACCGUCGCCGACCGCGACCUUGUUGCCCAAGACCCCUCCCGAAUCUCCAGCCAUUUUCAACUACUCGUUGCCUUCUCCUGGCCUAGUCUCGCCUCUCGCCCUGUUCGAUUCUUUGAACGACGACCCUGCUUUCGGUCCACUCUCGAAACGAGAGUGUUGGGUUGAGCAAGUCGAUUUCCGCCUUCCGGAGAAAGCCAAGGUCAAAGACGUGGAAUCCGUCCACGCUCGCAAAGCGAAGCCGCUCCCUUCGCUCGACCAAAUCUCGGCUCGCAUGGCUGGUCAUGCCCACGUGCAUAUCAAUGCCAGCAGUGAAAGGAAGCCGCGGCUGCCGGCGUUCCUGGUCCAGGCGCGGCCCAGUGUGCCGCGUCUGACGACCAGCGUGGGGCGGCUUCAGUUGCCGGUUCGCCGGGAGCCUGCCAUCCCUCUCUCGCCCUCGUAUCCGCUGUCUCCUAAAUUGCAGGUGACAACAUUGGUUGUGCCGCGGUCAUCGUCGACGUCACCCGUUGAGCUGACGGAGAUGAACCUGAACACUCUCAACUCUCGCGAGAAGCGCGCCAAGGAUAUGCUCUCGGCCCUGAAGAGACGCACGGAGCACUCAGCAGCGCCGCUCCAGGCACCGUCAGAGCUCAGACACUGGAAACGACGCAGCGCUCCCGCUGAGCUGAGCCCGCGCGCGCGGACUGGCUUCGAGCAUCCCGUGCUUUGCAUGCCUGGUGGCUUCUAGAAGCCGCCCAGCCACAAGUCCCCAGGAUCCCAAGAUUCAAAUCAAAGUCAAAUUUCGAACAAUGGUGUUGGCUGCGCCGCCUCUACUUACCAUAACCCUCACACUCGUUUACUCAAUCCCAGGCUGAGCCUUUCGAUUAUCCCCAGAAACACCAUAUCUUGUGGGCUGUGCCCG